AUGUUGGGGCUUGUCGCAUUGCUUCAAUUAGCGACGAGUGUAUGGAGCACUGAUUUCACUAACUGUGGAUCCCAGAUUGGAUCGCUGGUCAACCUGAGUGUGGUGCCAUGUAACACCGAUCCAUGCGAGGUGUUUAAGGGGGAGAGGAGUUUCCUGUAUAUCCAAUUUACGGCAAGCACCUUGAUCGAAAGCGGUCAGGUGAAGGGCUACAGGAGUGUCGGUGGACCUUGGCGUAGUAUGCCAAUUCGGCGGACCAACCUUUGUCGGUACACGCAACCUAGAUGUCCAAUUCAACCGAAUGGAACUGUUUACACGUACACGUACAUAAUGCGCCCACUAAGAAACAUCCCAUCGCCGAUCUUAAAUGUUCCUAAUGAUAUUGCCAAAUGUGUUUCAGGAUCCCAGAUUGGAUCGCUGGUCAACCUGAGUGUGGUGCCAUGUAACACCGAUCCAUGCGAGGUGUUUAAGGGGGAGAGGAGUUUCCUGUAUAUCCAAUUUACGGCAAGCACCUUGAUCGAAAGCGGUCAGGUGAAGGGCUACAGGAGUGUCGGUGGACCUUGGCGUAGUAUGCCAAUUCGGCGGACCAACCUUUGUCGGUACACGCAACCUAGAUGUCCAAUUCAACCGAAUGGAACUGUUUACACGUACACGUACAUAAUGCGCCCACUAAGAAACAUCCCAUCGAUGCCUUUAAGAAUGAAAUGGCAACUCUUAUCCAACAACGAGACAAUGGCAUGCGCGGAAAUUCAGAUUGAGAUUCGAAACCGUCCCACGUAUUGA